AUGGACGUCAACCAAGAUACCAUUCCCGAGCUCCAACCCAUCUUCACAUUUCUCAACAGCCAUGCCAAUAAGCUCUACCAGGAGGGCUACUUCCUGAAGCUAGACGAUCAAAACACCCAGGGAAAGCCCAACCCCGAUCGUACCUGGACAGAAUGCUUCGCACAACUUGUCGGGACUGUCUUGUCCCUUUGGGAUGCUGCUGAGUUGGACGCUGCAGGCGAAGAUGGCGAGGUCUUGCCGAAGUUCAUCAACUUGACGGAUGCUUCAAUUAAGAUGAUCGAAUCGUUGCCGACAAGGUCAAACGAUGAGCAGCCGCUACAGAACAUCCUCAGUAUAUCAACAGCAGGGAGGAAUCGCUAUCUACUACACUUCAACUCCCGCCAUUCCCUGAUACAAUGGACUGCCGGUAUCCGACUUGCCAUGUUCGAGCAUUCGACCCUCCAGGAGGCCUACACUGGUGCGUUGAUUGCGGGCAAGGGCAAGGGUUUGAACAACAUUGGAGUGAUUAUGGAAAGGUCACGGAUGCCGGUAGACCAGUGGGUUAGAGUCCGAUUUGGUGCUGGUGUUCCUUGGAGACGCUGUUGGUGCGUCAUCACACCUCCAGAUGAGAAGGAGUACCAAAAGAUGCAAAAGGAGUUCAAGAAGAAAUCCCCAUACGACCGCUCGCAUCCCCCACUGCUAAAGGGGGACAUCAAGUUCUACGACUCGAGAAAGGAUGGGAAAAAGCAGAAGAAGAUGCAACCAAUAGCCACGAUCAGUGAUGCAUAUUCGGCAUAUGCUCUAUACCCGCAGGCCAAGUCCCUCAUCGACGCGUCGACACUGGUGAAAGUCGAGGGAAACAUCACGAUUCAUUCGGCACCCCCAUCUUCCACCGAAGGGUUCGUCUUUAUCAUGCCCGAAGUUCACCCUGCCGUCAGUGGUUUCGAGAUGAUGCUUCGCUUCGUCUUUCCAACCUGGGACACGUUUGGUUUAUACGGCCGCCCUGGAAGACUGGUAGCCAGUGUAUUGGACUCUAGAUCUCUGAUGUUCGCCAUGCCAAAGCACAAACGUUACGGCUAUCUCGAGAUACUGGACGUGUCUGGCCUGAUCACAACUGAUGGGAGUUCGGCCUGGAUCGAACGGGAAUGGAGGAAAAAGAUGAAGGAGCUAACAGGGACCCGCAUGAAUGCGAUGGAAGAAGGCAGCAGCAACAGUAUCCCAAGCCGAACCAACAGCCGUACGAAGCGCCUUAGUUUCGGGCCGGCGGCCGGCAGUGUUUUAAAGCCUCGCGUCGGGUUUGCUGAUGAGGCGCCUCCCCUAACGAACCGGAGUUCGCGUUCCAUGUCUCUCAACACUCGCCCUCCCAUAAGAACUGACUCGGCUCCUCCUGAGCGCGGGUCUCCUGCGAUGGGUGGUGCGAGGGUUGGUCAUACUCGGAACUCAUCGGAUCCCAACUUGGCUGGGCCACCGCCUCUACCUCACAGCGACAGUCCCUACACAGCCAGCCCUCUCUCUGGCCGUGGACCCAACCCGGCAAGGACUUUUGUGAAUGACCUGGCAGCCACCCCAGAGCGUGUAAGCUCGGACGAGGAAAGGCCAAACACGCCGCUCCGUGACUUCGACGGUAUACGACAAAUGGGAACUCCAGAGCCGGUGUCACAACCACCCUCAUUCUCUCAUGCACCAGGGUCUAAGCCCAGCACCCGGCCGUACCACUCGCCAGAAAUGCGCCGCGCUAACAGCCGCCUCUCUAUCACCACUCUCAAGCAACUUGCCGGGGCUGGUGGUGUUUCAGUUGGCCAGGAAGCAUGGAGCAAUGGCAGCGAGAGGAGCAGCGAGGAGCAGCGCGGCCCGGCCUCGCAGAAUCUCGACCAACGUGGUCCACCCCCGGUACAUAUCCACGCCAACAACACUGGGAUGUCUGCUAAUGCCGGGUCUCGUGAAGUUUUAACCGAUAAUACGUCUCGCUCUCCUGGCCUGCCGCCUCCUGACACGGGUAUGGCAUCAAAGCGAUCAAAAUCACCAUUGAACCAGGCCAUGGGCCCAAUGUCUCCUGAUCCUCGAGGGCCAAGCCCUGGUGGUCGACCGAAGACUCCGGUAUCUCGACCGGGUACUGCAUCGAGCAACAGGGCUCCGCCGCCACCGGGUCACAAUCCGCCUAUGGGCAACAUGCCACCAGGACAGCGCGCCCCUCCUCCUGGAAUGGCACCGCCAGGUAGAGGUAGAGGCCGUCCACCACCCAAUAUGCCACCCCCUGGUCGUGGUUAUCCCAACAAUCCACCUGACAUGUACCGGGCCUAUCAGCAGGGUCCCCCGGGUCCAGGCGGUCCGGGCGGCUCAGGGCCGAGAUCCCCUCCGAAUCGUGGUGGUCCACUGCCACCACUGGCAACCUCAGGGUCCAUCUCUAGGAAGCCUUUACCAGCACGUUCCGAUAGUCUACAACAUCGGGGGGUACGAGAUGAUAUGUCACCCGCCACACCGUCAACGAGCAACGGGAGUUUGACGGGAAAUCGUAUCGAUGCGAGUGGGUUCGGUCAAGUUCGGGCUCAUAACACGAGCGGCCGGCCCGCUCCACCGCCCGGCAUACGGCGUCAGGACACGGGCAAGAGUCAGGCUAGCAGCCGCUACGAUGACGGUAGUAGGUACGAUGAUGGGGCAUCAACCGCUAGUCCUGACUACGCCAGUUCUCGCCCGUCAACCGACACGGCUUCGUCGGUCGAGCGACCUAGAGCUGGUGUUCUCAAAACUACUGGGACCGUCGGGGAAGCCUCAUCCCAUGGAGGGCAAGGUUUCGCGAUUCCAGACAUAGACUUCGGUCCAACGGCAAACUAUGCCUCACCGCCACGAGCCAUAACUCCUGCUGCAUUGCCACCGAGGUCAUCCUCACAGGCUGUGAACUCACAAUUGCCCGCGCCAAUGCCUCGGCGCAAAUCGCCUGGGCCUGAUCUGUCGCACAAUCACCAAACAUCAGAUGAGAACGCGCGAAGGAGCGUGAUUUGGCAACCAGCCGGCAUAACUGCUGCGUCCGCUAGUCCCGGUAACGCGGGACUCUCGGCUGAAGAAUAUGUGCAACAGAGAGCUGCUGCUGCGGCCGCGACACCCUUGUAUGCUCAUCAAAGGAGUGCUUCUGGCAACACCCUCACCGGAUUCCGAGCAGGCACGCCAACUCCCCCACUGGGUCGUGGGCAAAUGCAAGACUACUUUAUUGGGACUGCACACUCGCGAAACAGCUCCCAGGAUCUAUUGCAGCGGCCAAGCUCCCGUGGCGCGGGCGAGCUCCUCCAACGCCCUGGCUCUAGAGAACUCUUGCAGCGUCCUGGCUCUCGGGAACUCUUACAGCGCCCUGGCUCAAGGGAACUUUUACAACGUCCUAGUUCUCGUGGGGCAGGCGCAGUGCUGGGCGGGCAACAAGCGAGCGGGGAAUCGCAUUUGUCGGCUCGUGAACAGGAACAUGUUGCACGAGUGACAGGAUCUCCACUAAUCAACAUGGGUGCCAGCAGGCCUGCGCCACAGGCUGGAGGAGGACUUGUCGGCGCGAUUGAGGCCAGAGAACGUGAGAAGCAACAAGCGAAGCAAGGUUGGAAUAGCCAAGCUGUACAACAAGCUAUCAACCAGCGUCAGCAGCAACAGCAGCAGCAGGCAUAUCAACAGUACCAGCAACCCCUGCCUUCACCUGGUAUUGCCCCUCCCUCGGGCAUGUAUUCCAACAUGGGUAUGGGUGGCCGUGGCAUGCCCUCACCAAGGCAGCAGGCUUUCGUGAUGCCUCAGAACUACGGAAGCCAGAGCCCGCAAUUCGAACAAGGAGGCAACUGGGCACCGUCAGGCUCUGGAGUAUUCGGGUCUUCGCCGCCCGGGAACUUCGACCCACGCUUCGCGCCCGGUCCGAGGCAGUUCUCACCGCCGCCUAGACAGUUCUCACCAGCACAAAGCCCACAGCCCGGUGGGCGUGGACAGAGCCCGUAUUCUUACCAGGGUGGCCAUGCAUUCUAG